UCUCAAAAUAAACAAAAAAAACCAAAGACAAACAAACAAGAAAAAAACAUAUUCAUACUGGCCCAGUGAGAAGAACGACUGGAGGAGAUAGGACUGGAUACAGGAAGACCUGCUGUACUACUGCAGUUGUCCAGGCCAUUGGUUCCUGAUUGCUGGGCUUUGAACCAGUGCUGGUCUGAAUGCCUAAGAAUUGUUUGUGAUGCUUACUAAAAAUACAGAUUCCCAGUCCUACAUCCACACACAAGAGAUUUGGGUUUGGUAGAUUCAGGAUUUCUAACAAGCUCUCCAGAUUUGGGCAUCACUGGUCCAGGCAAGGCAGAAUGAAGCCUGAUCUUAAGAGGGCAAGGAUGCCAGAGAAAGGAAGGCAUAGAUAACAUGGGAUUUGGCCACUGCUCUCUUCCUCCUGUUACCUACCUCUGUUCAUGACAGCCCUCCACUUGACUCUUUGUUCUUCACACGCUACCACUAGCCCCAACAUCCUAAUUUGCUUAUGUCCUGUCAAUUCUCUUUGAAAUGAGUCUUCUGUUGCUUUUUUCCAUUUCUACCCUCAUUUAGGGUCCCAUUAAUGCUCAACUACCCUGACCUCCCUGUGUCCAGUCCAUCAAGAUAAUCAUAAAGCCCAGCUCAGUCACUCUCCAGAAGCUUUUUGGGCUGCCUUUUAUUUUAGGAUGAAGGUCAAGCUCCUGAGCUUAGCAUUCAGUUUCCUUCAGGAGCUUACUCUCCUGCCAGUCUUUCCAAGCAUGUCCCUGCCACUCCCCCUCAUCUGGUUGCUCUGUGCUUUUGAAAUUGUGCUGUACUUGUAGCCUUGCCCCAUCCUAAUGUCUCCUCCAGUCAACCCUGUUCAUCCUUCCCUUUUUCCCUCUCUGCUUGUGUGUGACUGGAUCUUCCUGGUGGGUAGAGUUAGCUGCCCAGGGAGAACCCCCACGACCUUUUUGCAUCAUAAAUGUGUGUCUUCUCCAUCCGAAGUCCUAAUCCUCUGCUUGUGACGGACAAUUGGUCACUAUGGCAACUGACUGUGACGUCACAGGAUAAGGACUUCAGGUGAAGUGGCAGGAGCAGGUGAGUAUGUAGGAGACAGAUUUCAAUGUCUGUUGAAGGCCCCCCCACACCCUCCUUCAGUGCCGGGGGCAUGGAGGGAUAUCUUGGGCUCCUGCUGUUUUUUAAAAUGAUGCGGUGAGAGUGUGUGCCUGGCAUCUGCGUGCUGCAGCAGUGUGGGGCUGACAGAGUGUGUCAACUUGAGCUCUGGCUGUGCAGGCACCGCUGCUGCGUGAGCCUGUUAUUCCAUUCUGGAUUGCUAUUUUGAUACCCAGAUUGCAUCAUUCUUCCUACGUAUAAACAGGGGGUCCCCAGGGCCCUGCAGCUACUCACUUCUCCACCAACACUGUUGUUGUGAUGAGCUCUAUUUAAAUGAGCUGCCGGAUCGGGGCAGGUUCCAGCCACACAUGAGCACUGUCAUUUUGGGGAACAUGGAGGGCUGAAGGAUUUUUGGAUGGAGUCCUAAAAGGCUGAGAGUGCUGUCUCCCGAGCUGUGCAGAGAGCGACAGAGCUAGUUCCUGAAAGUUGAAAAUGUCAUUUUCUUCCUUCUGAGCUUCUAUUCCAAGGCACCCAGAGGAUUAGGAAGGAGAUGCAGCUAGGAAAAGAGUCGCCUCUUUGAGGUCUCCCUCUUGCUGUUCAGUUUGGGAAAAUUGCUGCAGAGCCUUCGAGAUAAACAGAAACAGGAGGAGUCAACCAAGCUCUUUCCUGCAGGAGUAUCUCAGAGCUCAUCUCCUGUCCUGGGUGUGAACAAGUAUAUCUUACCAGGGAUGUAACUGAACAUUUUUUUCUGCAGUGUGUUCCUACUGAGCAACCCAAGAUGGCCAGGAACUGCUCCGAGUGCAAGGAGAAGAGGGCAGCACAUAUCCUCUGCACCUACUGCAAUCGCUGGCUAUGCAGCUCUUGCACAGAGGAACACCGACACAGCCCUGUCUCUGGGGGCCCGUUCUUUCCUCGGGCCCAGAAGGGAUCUCUAGGAGUGAAUAGUGGUCCCGGAGACUUCACCUUGUAUUGUCCUCUACACACACAGGAAGUACUCAAGCUAUUCUGCGAGACUUGUGAUAUGCUCACUUGCCAUAGCUGCCUGAUGGUGGAACACAAAGAACACAGGUGCAGACAUGUUGAAGAAGUUUUGCAAAACCAGAGGAUGCUUCUGGAAAGUGUGACUACACAGGUGGCACAUAAGAAAUCCAGUCUACAGACAUCUGCAAAGCAAAUUGAGGACAGGAUUUUUGAAGUGAAGCAUCAGCAUAGGAAGGUGGAAAACCAGAUCAAAAUGGCCAAGAUGGUUCUGAUGAAUGAGCUGAACAAACAGGCCAAUGGGCUAAUAGAGGAAUUAGAGGGGAUUACUAAUGAGAGAAAGCGGAAGCUGGAACAGCAGUUACAGAGCAUCAUGGUUCUCAACCGUCAGUUUGAGCAUGUGCAGAAUUUCAUCAACUGGGCUGUCUGCAGCAAAACCAGUGUCCCUUUUCUUUUCAGCAAAGAGCUGAUUGUGUUUCAGAUGCAGCGAUUGCUGGAGACAAGUUGUAACACAGAUCCUGGCUCCCCUUGGAGUAUCAGAUUCACCUGGGAGCCUAACUUCUGGACCAAGCAGCUAGCUUCUCUUGGCUGCAUAACUACUGAAGGUGGACAACUGUCCCGGGCAGAUGCUCCUGCUUAUGGAGGCUUACAGGGGCCAUCACCCUUUUAUCAAAGCCACCAGUCUCCAGUGGCUCAGCAAGAGGCUCUUAGCCAUCCCUCUCACAAGUUCCAGUCUCCAGCAGUGUGCUCCUCAUCUGUGUGCUGCUCCCACUGCUCCCCAGUCUCGCCUUCCCUCAAAGGCCAGGUCCCCCCACCCAGCAUGCACCCAGCCCACAACUUUAGGCAGCCCUCUGAGAUGGUGCCCCAGCAGCUGGGGUCUCUGCAGUGCUCUGCCUUGCUGCCCAGAGAGAAAGAGCUGGCCUGCAGCCCUCAUCCACCAAAGCUGCUGCAGCCCUGGCUGGAAACCCAGCCCCAUGUGGAGCAGGAGAGCACAUCCCAGCGGCUGGGGCAGCAGCUGACUUCCCAGCCCGUGUGCAUUGUCCCCCCACAGGAUGUUCAGCAAGGAACCCAUGCCCAGCCCACCUUACAGACACCCUCUAUCCAAGUCCAGUUUGGCCACAACCAGAAGCUGAAGCUCAGUCACUUUCAGCAGCAGCCACAGCAGCAGCUACCACCUCCACCACCUCCCCUCCCUGCUCCCCCACAGCAGCCACACCCACCUCUACCUCCAUCCCAGCAUCUGGCUUCUAGUCAGCAUGACAGCCCUCCUGGGCCUGCCUGUUCUCAGAAUGUGGACAUAAUGCAUCACAAGUUUGAGCUGGAGGAAAUGCAGAAGGACUUGGAGCUUCUUCUCCAGGCUCAACAGCCCAGCUUGCAACUGAGUCAGACCAAAUCUCCUCAGCAUCUUCAGCAAACCAUUGUGGGGCAGAUUAACUACAUCGUGAGGCAGCCAGCACCUGUUCAGUCCCAGAGCCAGGAGGAGACCCUGCAGGCUACAGAUGAGCCCCCAGCAUCUGAGGGCUCAAAGCCGGCUAUCUCUCUUGACAAGAAUACUGCUGCUGCCUUGCCCCAGGCGUCUGGGGAAGAAACCUCUCUUGGUGUCCCCCCAGUGGACAGCACCAUCCAGCACUCCUCUCCAAAUGUGGUGAGAAAGCACUCUACCUCGGUGAGCAUCAUGGGCUUUUCCAACACUCUGGAGAUGGAGUUGUCAUCUACCAGGUUGGAGAGGCCCCUAGAGCCACAGAUACAGAGUGUGAGCAGCCUGACAUCUGGCGCCCCCCUGGCAGUACCAAGCCUGCUGAGUGCUUCCCCCAAAAUGGUGUCCAGCCUGACAAGCGUUCAAAAUCAGGCCAUGCCCAGCCUGACAACCAGUCACCUACAGACUGUGCCCAGUCUUGUGCGUAGUACAUUCCAGUCCGUGCCCAACCUGAUGAGUGACUCUUCUCAGGCUAUGGCAAGCCUGACAAGUGAUCACCCUCAGGCUGGGCCCAGCCUAAUGUCUGGUCACACCCAGGCUGUGCCAAGUCUGGCAACUUGUCCUCUGCAGAGCAUUCCUCCAGUUUCUGACAUGCAGCCAGAAACUGGGUCCAGCUCCAGUUCUGGCCGAACUUCAGGGAGCCUGUGCCCUGGAGAUGGGACUGAUCCCUCCCUGGGGAAUGCUCUGUGUAAGAUGGAAAGUGAGGAUUCCACUUGCUUCACUGACUCACUGGGGCAAGUUCCCAUAGCCCCUGGUCUGGAUGCUUCCAAGGACUUGACCAUCCCCUCAGAACUGGAGGAGCCAAUUAACCUCUCUGUGAAGAAACCACCACUGGCACCAGUGGUCAGCACAUCUACAGCUCUGCAGCAGUACCGGAACCCAAAAGAGUGUGAGAAUUUUGAACAAGGAGGCCUAGAGCUGGAUGCAAAGGAGAACCAGAGCAUCAGAGCCUUCAACAGCGAGCAUAAGAUUCCCUAUGUGCGACUGGAGCGACUCAAGAUCUGUGCUGCCUCCUCAGGAGAGAUGCCUGUGUUCAAGCUGAAGCCACAGAAGAAUGAUCAAGAUGGAAGCUUCCUGCUGAUCAUCGAGUGUGGUACUGAGUCCUCCAGCAUGUCCAUUAAGGUCAGCCAGGACAGACUGUCUGAGGCCACCCAGGCUCCAGGUCUGGGGGGAAGAAAGGUCACUGUCACUUCUCUGGCUGGGCAGCGGCCAUCAGAAGUGGAGGGCACAUCUCCUGAAGAACACAGACUCAUUCCUCGAACCCCAGGAGCCAAGAAGGGCCCCCCAGCUCCAAUAGAGAAUGAGGACUUCUGUGCUGUUUGCCUCAAUGGUGGAGAGUUGCUGUGCUGUGACCAUUGCCCCAAAGUGUUCCACCUAUCCUGCCAUGUGCCAGCCUUGCUCAGCUUCCCAGGGGGAGAGUGGGUGUGUACCUUGUGCCGCAGCCUGACCCAGCCCGAGAUGGAGUACGACUGUGAGAAUGCCCGCUAUAACCAGCCUGGAAUGCGGGCAUCUCCUGGCCUAAGCAUGUAUGACCAGAAGAAGUGUGAGAAGCUGGUAUUGUCCUUGUGCUGCAAUAACCUCAGCCUGCCCUUCCAUGAACCUGUCAGCCCCCUGGCCCGGCAUUAUUACCAGAUUAUCAAGAGGCCCAUGGACCUGUCAAUCAUCCGGAGGAAGCUGCAAAAGAAGGACCCGGCUCACUAUACCACCCCAGAGGAGGUGGUAUCAGAUGUGCGCCUCAUGUUCUGGAACUGUGCUAAGUUCAAUUAUCCUGACUCUGAGGUUGCAGAGGCUGGCCGCUGCCUGGAAGUGUUCUUUGAGGGCUGGUUGAAGGAGAUCUACCCGGAGAAACGGUUUGCUCAGCCAAGGCAGGAGGACUCAGACUCUGAGGAGGUGUCUAGUGAGAGCGGAUGUUCCACUCCCCAGGGCUUCCCGUGGCCUCCCUACGUGCAGGAGGGCAUCCAACCCAAGAGGCGGCGACGACAUAUGGAGAAUGAAAGAGCAAAGAGAAUGUCAUUUCGCCUGGCCAACAGCAUCUCUCAGGUGUGACAGCCAAAAGGAGACUGGGCACUCUGGCAGCUGUUGUCCCAUCCUGUUGACUAUUCCUCCCCAUCUCGCAGUUUAUCCUCUUCAGAAUGUGGAUGGUAGAUGAGUCUCAUUGAACUGUAUAGUGCUCUUCUUUGCCAUUUGCAUCUACAGCAUUUGUUUGGGAGCCAUAGUGCAUCCACUACAGAGAAGAUUUCAGUAAUAAACAGGAAAGAGGAGGGUAUUUAUUAUUACCAGAGUAAUCAGAUGUAUAGGCUGCACUUGACAGGACCAUACCUGGUUAGGCUUGGGAGGACCUACUUUCCUUAGUGAAUUUUUUUCUGCCUAGGAAAGCAGACCUGUCUCACCUUUUAGUGUCCAGGGCUCAGGAGUCAUGUAUAUAUCUGAACUCCUCCUGGGCUCAGAAGUGGGUAAAAGAAGGGAGAGAGGUUUAGACAUAUGGUAGGACUGUGAUCCCUGGCCCAGCACAGCCAAAGACUAUCACUGUUUGCCUUUGCUUGUCCUGUCUGGACAGAGGCACCUGCCAUGUGCACACUAGUGGAGGCUUCUAGAGACCGUAGGUCUCAAUUUGUGCCUAUUUGGGUUCUAACGGUUUUCAGGGUAUUUGUUUUGCAUACUCACUUUCCUGAUGUUGGCUUAGGUGGCUGCUGUGAAAAUGCUGUGGAUGGUAUGACAUUCUUGAUUGAGCUGGGUGGCUCUGCAGAGACCACUUACAACUUCUGGUUCAGAUUUCACUUACGGACUUAGAAAGAUGUCCACUUGAGAGCCCGCCCUCUGUGCUACUUACUCUGGGCUAAUUGCACUUCUUUAGGGUGAGAACCCACCUUCCUAGAAGUGACUGUUGGUGCUUCUCAGUGGCCAUACCCUUUGUCAUCCUCAUUCAGAGGUCUGGAUCUUGAGUUCUGCUUGUAAAUACUGUGAGGCAGCUGCUGUCUGCUUCAGGUCCAGAGUUCCAUGGGUGGAGAGAGUAACCCACAACCAGCUCACUCCUCUGCGCCUCUCCUCCUGCUUAGAGAUUCUAGUUCUCAACCUCUCCAAGUUCAUGAGCCAAAGAUCAGAAGUGAGUCUUCUGACUACCCCACCUCGAGGCUGUCUACAGCCCCCCAAAAGCUAACACUUUACUGGCAGCCCUUUUUGUUGGAGCUUAGAGAAGGCCUCAGGGACCAACAGGGGCUAGAUCUAGACAUUCCUAGGGGAAGUUUGUCUAAGGUGGACAGGGGGAAAAAUCAAGAGGCAAAAAGCCAGUGUGCUUUGGUGACCAUGAAGCAACCUCAGAGCCUUAGUUCUCCUGGAAUGCAGAGAGAAGCAUUCUGGAAGCCAUGGGAACAGGCACUCAAGGCUGCAUCCUGAAUGGAUCUGCAUGGUCGCAGGGUGUUUGUGAGGCUACUGGAGGUCAGGCUACCUCCCAAGCAAGGGCUUGGUUGAGAGGGAACCCAUUGCUCAUAUUGUUGGGGGAGUUAUGAACCUGAUAUGUCAGUGGCCCGGACUGAGAUGGCUCUCCCUGGUCCUGUCAUUGCAUGGCUAAUUUCAGGGGAGUCUAAGGUCAUGGAUUUGUUUCUGCUAAGAGAUGAAGUUCAAGGAUGUUCUUGUUUGCAGGGCCUUCGCUAAUGAGCAAUUUUUUUGAAAAUUAGAAAACAUUUCUUCUCUCUUUGUGAGUUGAUGGUAUUGCUCAUUUCCUUCUCUACCCAACCUCAGAGAUCAUCUUCACUUUAAAGCAAACCAUGCCCCUUGGCUUGCCACUCUUUCAGCAGCACAUGCCACGUUCUCCUAAGCAGAUGGGCUUCCGUGAUCCCGUUUUCUAGUUUGGGGUAACUAAGUAUUCAAUGCUUUACUAAUCUGGCAGUCUUUGGACUUAGGCUUCUGCCCUUUGAGACUCACAUGACUUUCUGGUUUGGGAUCUGGUCAAUUCCCUUUAAAUUUUCGAAUCUUCUUCUAUGUUCAGUUGGCUUGGCAAAGUAACCUCUGUUCUCGUGUCACUAAUUCCUGCUCUAGGUCAUCUUUCCUUUGUGCAGCCCACAUUCCCACCAUCCCUGUGAGCUUUGUUGUAUUUGGUGUUGGGCAGCUGGUGAGUGUUGUGACAGGCUUAGACUUGAUCCUUCCUCAGGACCAACUGGAGACCACAAAUUUAAAGCAGAAAUGCCUGUUAAAAACUUGGCUUUCCUUAUAUCAGUGAGACUUCCAGCUUGGAUGUGGCCUCCUGGGCUCAAGGAUCAGCCUGCUGGGCCAGGGGCAUCUUAGUAAUGUGCUGGAGAGACACAUGCUCCCUUCUCAUCAUAGAGAGCCUGCAUGCUGAGAGGCUCCCUUGAGACACCUGCCUCUCCCUGGCUUUUCCCUUAGACCUAGCCACCAGAGUUUUGAGUCACGGUUUUGUUUUGUUUUUUCAUGAAAAACCAGAACAUGACUUAGAAAUUAGAAAAGAAAAGAAAAAAAAAAAAAUCCUGCUAGCCAA